UGCCACUUGUGAAAGAAGCCAACUUUGCUUGCAAGCUUCCUUCGUGCCUUCCGACCUAGCCUCGCCUGCCGUGCGAGCGCCUGCCUGUCCGCCCGGGCUUACCAAUCGAACAAUGGACGAAUCUCAUGCGGCCCAAAUGAAUAUGUGAAAUUUGAAAGUGAAAAUUUUCGCGAAUCACCAGGCUGGUGGACCCGAUCAGCCGAUGCGUAAUUCCACGAUUGCUCGUAACCGGGUCCCGAAAAUAUCGAUUUGCAAAGAUCUCCGAGCUCUGCGUUUGCGCUGAAACCAGAAGGCCGGGGAAGAAGAAACUUGAUCUUGGGAACUCACAGCUUUGCGGUUGAUAUGUGAGCGAUUUGUGCGAGCUUAGAAGUUGGCAAUUGAUAGCGAGGAGAGGAGAGUUAAAGAGAAGAGAGGAGAGAUGGGGAAGGAAACUGGGCCCGAGGAAGUGGCAUCGUUGGAUCGUUUGCUUACGAGACUGGCGCUCACCGAAGAUGCGCAGCUGGAGAAAGUCUUGUCCAAGCUUCUACCCAUGGCUAUCAGUCGAAUGGCUUCUCCACAUCAGCCAACGAAAUUGAAGGUGAUGGAGAUGUUGAAUCACAUCAACAAGAGAGUAAAGGAUCAGCUGUCAAUAAAACUACCUCUGAAAGAGCUUUUAGUUCUAUAUCGGGUUCCAAAUUCCGAUCCAACAGUCAGGAAUUUCUCAUUUAUAUACAUAGGAAUGGCCUAUGAACACGCUUCACCUGAGGAACAAGCCGAGGUGGUCCCCGAUCUACUAGCUGGAGUUUCAAAAGUAAGAGUAGAACACCAAGAUGAGCUUUUGCGGAUGGUUGCCAAGGGUUUGGAGCAGUAUGCAUCCGUUCUGAAAAACAAGAGCCAGACAACUAAGUACGCCUUCAUCGAAGAUAGUGCCGAUUGUAACUUGUUCGUGGAGUUUUGCUUACAAACUUUGCUCUAUCAGCCAGUUUCUAUCACUCAGGAAGGGACGGUGGCCACACCCGGUGCCCCUCCUGGAUUGUCUGCACAGCAGGCCACGCGUGUUGCUGGGAAAAGCCUUCUACGAGGUGAACAACUUGUGCUGAGGAAGUUGGGUCUUCUCAACUUCGUUGCAGAGCUGGAGCUGAAAGUGGAUCUCCUGUACCCCCUUUUCCUCGUUGCAUCUGUUGACACCAAUGAGAAAGUCUCAAAGCGAGGCGAUGAGCUUCUUAAACGAAAGACGACUGGUGUUAAUUUGGAAGAUUCAACACUCAUACGACGACUUUUUACCAUCUACUUAGGCACUGUAAGUAAUGCCAUAAUUGAGGCCAAUGCCAAGGUAUCGCCAGCUAGUCCAGGGCUGAAGGCACGUCUGAUGGGUACAUUCACGCGAUCUAUAGCCGCUGCCAAUGAGUUUCCACUCACACUUCAGUGUGUUUUCGAUUGUAUAUCUGGACCUGGUAGCACGACACGGUUGAAGCAGGCUGGGAUGGAGUUUUCCGUUUGGAUAUUUAAGCAUGCCGUUGAUAGACAAUUGAAGGUCAUGGCCCCCCUCAUACUGACCGGUGUAAUCAAACUGCUUACUGGAUCCCAUCCAAGUGAAGCAGAUUCUGCUUCAAAGCAGAUGCGAGCUUUUUGUUACCAAGCUAUCGGUCAGCUGGCACAGCGUGCUCCUCAUCUUUUUAGUGGGAGUACGGAGAUGGUGGUAAGGCUUUUUGAAGCUUUGAAAGUGGAGGCAGUGGCUAUUCGCUCAAAUAUUCAAGAAGCUUUAUCUUCCCUCGCUGGUGCUUUUAAGGAUUGCUCGACUGAAGUUGCAGCUGAAUUAGAAGCUCUACUUCUGAAGCACGUGCAAGCGGUGGAAGACGAGGCACGAUUCUGUAGUAUUUUAUGGGCAUCUAGGUGGAACAAAUUUGACCAUGCCCCUAGUCGAUAUCUUUGUAUGCUUGGAGCAGCCGACACAAAACUCGAUAUAAGGGAGAUGGCUCAACAAGGGCUUGUUCCUCCCAAAAAUGAGAAAAGUGGACUUCCCGAAGCAGCUUAUCCUUCUUUGAAACAUAUGUUGGAUUAUAUCUACCAGCAACAGGACAGAAUUCGGUCACCUGCACCGAUGGGAGAGCGACUGUUGUUGUUUCCUGCGAAGACGUAUGUUUCUAUGAUUGAGUUCCUUAAAAAGUGCUUCGAAUCCGAAAGCAAGGAGCCUCAAACUGGUGCCAAACUUGAAGGAGCGUCAUCUGAGAUGUCAGCUAAGGAAGCGUUUCGACUACUCUUAGAGCAUGGAAUGGCUCAUGAUGGGACGGUUGAGCUGCACGUCAUGGCUUCCAAUGGACUACUUGAACUCGCUGCCAUUGACCCCGAGAGUAUAGCCAAUACAUACAAGAACCGCCUGCCUUGGUUGAAGCAGUUCGUGGGACAUAUUGACUCCACAACGCGUGCGGCUACAGGUCGUCUGUUGGGUAUCUGCGCAGCUGCUUUAUCUUCUUCGCAAGCCGAAGAUCUACUUAAGGAGCUAGUAUCAUCCUUUGAGUUGGAUACGAAGCGGCGGUUCGAGGACCUCCAGGGUUCCGUGUGUGCAACAGGUUAUGUGUUAGCACAAUGUAUGACGGGAGUUCCAAAUGUUUCGAGACCCUUGCUGGAAAGUACCACUGGUUCUUUGAUAACGAAAAUCAACCUGGAUUCAGCCAACGACAAUCUGGCUGGGUCUGCAGCAGAGGCACUUGGGCAUGCAGGCCUGCGUGGUCCUCUUCCUAUUCCUGAUGGUGACUUACACUCCUCGUCUCCAGCUUUGGCCUCGGAAUCUGCCAACGUUGACACUGGUGGGAGUCCUAUGGAUACUGGAAGGGAGCAGACUCUUAUGCCCAGUACGCCGGCAGUGGUUGUGGAGGGCGAACCUUUGAAACAAAAAGAAGGAGAGACAUCUCAGAAGGAAGAAGUGUCCCUAGCCUUGGCUGUGAAGAACUUAUCUGGGCUGUUGGCCUGCAAGGAAGUGAAAGUUGUGCAGAAAGCAGUCAUCUCCCUUGGCCAUCUUUGCUAUGGCAAUCCAAAACCUGAACUUCUUGAUGCAACACUUUCAGCUCUCUUCACUCUUAGCAAGUCCAAGGCAGAAGACGUGCUUUUCUCCAUUGGUGAGGCCUUUUCCUUUAUUUGGGGAGGAGUGCCUAUUAGUGCUGAUAAAAUCUUGAAAAGCAAUUUCAUUUCGCUCUCUGCAUCAACGAACUUCCUCAAUGAGGAUGCCCCUGUACAUGGAAAGGACGUGGAAAUGGAAGUAGCACAUGAUGAAAACGAUCGUGAUGCGGCUAGGGAUAGAAUUGUGAAGAAGCUUUUCGAUGACUUGCUCUUCAGCAGCAGAACAGAUGAACGUUGCGCUGGAUGUGUUUGGCUUGUGUCCGUCAUAUCCUACAGCGGAAGACACUCUAAAGUGCAGCAAAUGCUCCCUGAAAUACAGGAGGCACUGUCUCACCUUUUAGGAGAUCCGAAUGAGCUCACACAAGAGAUGGCCUCGCGAGGAAUGAGCAUUGUCUAUGAGCUGGGUAAUGCGGCCACAAAGAAUGAGCUUGUCAUGGCCCUGGUCAACAAUCUCUCUGGCACAGCCAAAAAGAAAAGAGCCGUUAAGCUUAUGGAGGACUCCGAGGUGUUCCCUGAAGGUGCUUUGGGUGAGAAACCAGGAGGUGGGAAUAUAAGCACAUACAAGGAACUCUGCGGCAUAGCAAACGAAAUGGGACAGCCAGAUUUAAUUUACAAGUUCAUGGAUCUGGCCAAUCAUCAGGCUUCACUUAAUUCAAAGAGGGGUGCAGCCUUUGGCUUUGCAAGAAUAGCAAAGCAAGCAGGUGAAGCAUUGAAGCCCCAUCUACGGGCACUUGUCCCGAAGCUUCUUCGAUACCAAUAUGAUCCAAAUAAGCGUAUUCAGGACGCGAUGGGACACAUCUGGAGAGCUCUGGUUGCAGAGCCCAAGAAAACGACUGAUGAGUUUUUUGACGAUAUUAUGGAGGAUCUUCUAACUCAAGCUGGGUCGAGGCUUUGGCGCUCUAGGGAAUCGUCCUGUCUUGCACUAGCAGAUGUCGUACAGGGUCGAAAGUACAGUGAGGUGGGCAAAUAUAUGGAGAGGAUGUGGACUAUGGCUUUCCGAUCUAUUGAUGAUAUAAAGGAGACUGUACGACUUGCAGGAGAAAGUUUGUGUCGUGCUGUGAGUUCACUAACCUUGCGGUUGUGCGAUACAACCCUUACCGCGGAGGCUGAUGCUAAAGCAACCAUGGCGAUAGUUCUUCCCUUCUUGCUCUCAAAGGGAAUCUUGAGCUCUGUGGGUGAUGUGCGUCGCGUAUCUAUUACCACUGUAAUGAAGCUGGUGAAGGGUGCUGGGCAAGCGGUCCGACCGCAAAUGCCAGAUCUUGUUUAUUGCAUGUUGGAGAGUCUUUCAAGCUUGGAGGACCAGCGUCUCAAUUAUGCGGAGCUUCAUGCCGAAAGAGCUGGCAUUAGUGCUGAGAAGCUUGAAAAUGUACGAGUUGCCGUUGCCAAGGACUCUCCCAUGUGGGACACACUUGAUUUGUGCCUGCGACAUGUGGAUGUACCUACCUUGGAAGCCCUUCUACCCCGCCUAACGCAGCUAGUCCGCUCUGGUGUUGGUUUGAACACCAGGGUGGGUGUGGCAAAGUUUAUCAGUCUUCUUGCGCAGCGAGUGGGUUCGGACAUAAAACCCCACAGUGGAUCUCUUCUUAAGGUCUUGUUCUCCGCCGUUAAAUCAGACAAGAGUCCAGCCGUGAGGCGUGCUUUCGCCGUAGCCUGUGGUGGUGUGGCAAAGUAUGCAGGAGAACCCCAAGUCCGCUGGUUGCUUGUAGAGGCUGCUGCUCUGUAUACUGCUGAAGGAGCCGAUAAGGAUUCUCAGUUGGCCAGCGCGCUUGUUUUGGAACAAGUUUCUCUACAAGCCAAUGAAAUUCUUAAGGGCCACUACACUCUCGUACUCCCACUUGCAUUUAUAGCCAGAUUUGACGAGGAAAAGGAUGUUAGCAGUAAGUUUCAGGAGAUAUGGGAAGAAAACACAAGCGGGGGUGCUGCAUUGCUGCUUUACAUGUCUGAAAUCAUGGUUUUCUUAAAAGAAGGCCUCCCAUCGUCAUCAUGGUCUCAGAAGAAAAAGAGUGCAAAAGCAACUGCCUUCAUGGCCGAGAAGGCAGGUGAAUCAAUAGGUUCGAAUGUUCCUCAACUUUUGACAGAUUUGCUCGCCGAGUUACCGGGCCGCCUUUGGGAGGGCAAAGAGGCAGUAUUAGAAGCUAUUGGAGCUCUUUGUAAAUAUUGCCCGAAAGCCAUUUCUUCGGCUAGCUCAACAACCAGCUCACUUGGCCCUGAAUCUUUGGCAGUAGCUAUUCUUGCUGCUUGUUCUCGCAAGAAGGGCUCAUACCGACUUGCAGCAUAUUCAUGCUUGGAAGAGGUACUCAAGGCUUUCAAGGAUCACGAUCUAAUCACCACAGUUGUGAGCCACUUAGUAGGAGAAUGCGCGUUACCACCUCCUGCGAAGACAGCACUAACUGAUACUUCAGCCGAUACAGAGCCAGAGGAGCCAAAGGAAUCGGCAGCACCAUUUGAGAAGGUGCUCUCCUGUUUGGCAGCAGCACUUGAAGCCGCAUCCUCCACUCCGACGCUUGCGGCAGGAAAAGAGAUCACAACAGCAUUAGUGGCUACUCUUGGUAAAGGACAUCUAUGGCCAGUAAAGCUAGCUUGUUUAUCCACCAUCAAAGUCUUUGUGGGGAGGCUCAAAGCUGUGCUCGACGCGAAGGACAAAGACUUCGAAGCAACCUAUCUCAUCGCCAAACCUUGGCUGGAAACCCUACUACCUCCUGUCAUGGACUGUGUCAGUGAAGUGAAAGUAUUGCAGGUACAUACUGCAGCAUUAGAGUGCGUUGUGGAGAUAGUGACGGUAGCCGACUUGGGAUCAGGAUUAGAGAAAUCCCUUAUGGGGUCUGUAGAGAGAAAAUUGCAAGAAGCUCAAACAUUGGAGAAAAAUGCCGCAGCAAAAUCGCUUAUACUGCAAGGGCUGAAGCUACUAAGCAGCACUCCCUUCCCGAUGCAAGAAUAGAAGACGCUAGAACAUCGUAGAAACCAGUGUACUUAAAUUACAAUUCGUGACUCAAAUUAUUAUUGACGAGUCUUUGGAGCAAAUGUUUGCCACAUUUCUGCUUUUUAAACUCAGCAUGUCCUUUGUACAUUGUUGACCUGUCGAAAUGGAGAAGCCAUGAGAA